UUCCGAUAAUUGUUUCACGCUUUACAGUAGUUGUUAUAAACAUAAAGUAAUUUAGGGUGAUGAUUCGCACGUGUUUGACUACAGAUUAAAAGGUGCCGCUGAUCAUUUUAAUUGCGUAGGGAUUACAAACAAAACAGUUUAUUACGGGUGACAACAGGUGAGAAGUCCUUUUGUCUUUAUGAUGCACUGUUGUUUAGAAGGUUAUUUUAAACUUGUAUUUCAAAGUGUAAAGACGUCCGUAGUUCAGUCAUUUACGUACGCACUAUGUUGCAAACGAACUUGUUUACGUUCUUGAAAGGGGGUCAGAAACGACCACAUGAGGAAAAUAAUGUUGAAAAUCAAAGCCUGCCGGUUACUCCAACUAAAAAGACAAAAUCUAGUGUUAGUGAUGUAAUGGACAGUCCGCUGUCGGCAUCUAAGAAAAAAAUUAGGAAAUUCAAUUCUGACUGGACUAAGGAAUUUGAGUGGCUUGUGCAUGAACCAAACAAUGAUGGAGUAAUGUCUAUGUUUUGUACGUUGUGUAGGGACUCAAAAAAGACUAAUCCAUUUGCCACGACAGGCAGUACAAACUUCCAACGUAGUGCGUUAGAGAGACAUGGUAGCAAAAACCCAGAACACUUGGACUUGAUCUUAGUGCAAAAAUUAGUUAAUAGUAAGAGUACCGUGAAGGAUGUUGUUGAAAUUCAGGAAGUCAAUAACUCAGAAUCGAAGUGUGCCCAGAUCAGGACUCUAUACUAUCUUGCUAAGAAUGGACACCCACUCAGCAUGCAGAAUUCAUUGGUGGAACUUCAACAGCUCAACAACUGUCGAGACCUGAGAGACCAUGCCACAAUCUACAGUAGUUCUACCACACAUGAUGAAAUGCUGGAUGCCAUCAGCGAAGUGAUUGAAGAGUCUGUGAAUGCAGAUAUUUUGAGCAGUGAUUUUGUUGGUAUCAUCCUGGAUGAAACGACAGACUUGACAGUCAACAAGAAGCUGAAUAUUUACUUCAAGUCAUUCAAAUCAGGCUCCACUGAAACUGUUACCCACUUCAUAGACUGUGUAGACAUUGAAAAUGGAAAAGCAGAUACUCUAGUUGAAGAGAUAGAGAAAGUGUGUGCGCGCAUAGGUCUUGAUAUGUUAAAAGUUAUUUCAAUGGCUAGUGAUGGGGCUAGUGUGAUGAUAGGUCAUAAAGGAGGAGUGGGGGUUAAGCUCAGGGAGAAACACAAUCCAAGACUUGUACAGAUUCACUGUGUAGCUCAUCGUUUAGCCUUGUGUGCCAGCCAAGCCUGUCAGAAUGUACCUGUUUUUGCGGACUAUCAGCGCACUGUGAAAAAUGUGUACAGAUUUUUUCAUAAUUCAGCAAUUAGAUACAAUGGAUUACGUGAAAUUGAAAAUUUGUUGACCGAUGAAAACAAGGACACCAAGCAUGUUACACUAAAGGAACCUGCAAGCUUCCGAUGGCUAUCCUUACAGAACGCUGUAAAAGCUGUGUUUGACGUGUACCCAGCCCUUGUGAUGGCCCUUGACAAUGAGGCUGCAACUGGGAGCAGCGAAGCCAAGGGACUGUUAAAAAGUGUGAAAAGUGUUCAGUUUCUAUUGAAUACAGCAUUCCUGGUGGACAUACUUGCUGUUGUUAACAAACUGUGUAAGGUGUUUCAACGAGAUGAACUGGACAUUGAACAAAUGAACAAUAUGUUGUGUUCUACUCGGGAAACUCUCCAAACCUUCAAAGCUGUAAGUGGAUCUACACUGGAAGAAACUUACAAGGCCAUCUCAAAUGGUAAAUACAAAGACUUGGUCAAAGUUACAGACACAUCACAACUAAGGAGGGGUUUUCAGUCAUCAUCAGUGAAGUACCUAGACAAUCUACUGGACAAUCUUGACAACCGCUUUGAGGAGUCGUCAAUGAAAAUUCUGACCACUGCAGACAAGAUUCUAAACCCUAGUCAUCUACCAACAUACACUGAGGAAAUUCCAGCCUAUGGUAAUGAAGACCUAGCAAAAAUUGUUGAGUGGCUUGGGCCACUUGAAAACUAUCCAGGCCUGAUUGACCCAACCAACAUGAAGAAUGACUAUCUGCAAUUCAAACUUGUGCUAAGGAAACUGCAGGGAAAAUCACUGAAAAAUGUGUGUGAGACUUUAAUACAGAGGUACAGUGAGUCUUUUCCUGACUUUACUGUUGUAGCAAAGUAUGUGUUGACUGCUCCACUGAGCAGUGUUGCAUGUGAAAGAGGAUUUUCAUCCCAAAACAGACUGAAAACUAAGCUCAGAUCUAGGCUUGAAAGUACUAAGGUAUCUAAAAUGAUUAGGGUUAUGGAAGAAGGUCCAGCAGUUGCCAUGUUUGAUACCCAACCAGUGCUAGCAAAGUUUGACAAAAUGAAAAAUAGAAGAAAGUAAACUGUGUUUAGUUGUGAAGUGUUAUCAAAGUGCAGCACAUAAAUAAUAGUGUAAAAAUAUAUGCUUUAUGUAUGUGAACUAUGAGGGUAGAUAUGCUAUGCUCAACAUGAUGAUUUUGAUGACACUGAUAGUUAAUUAAAGAUAAGCUAUGUUGAUACCUGGUUUAAAUUUAAGCUGAUAAAUUUAUGUUUGUAUGACUGUCUUUAUUUAAUAUAUGUGGUACAUUCUUGUGGAAUUGUGGGUAGAAUAUGCUAUGCUUAUAUGCUCAACAUGAUGAUUAUGUCAUUAAAGUUAUUCAAGAAAUAUCAAGUUCUGUUAACACUUGGCUUUAAUUUAUGCUGAUAAAGUAGUGUUUGUAAGAUUGUAUUUAUUAGAUAUAAAUUAUGUGAUACAUUCUUCCAUUUGUUAUUUACUAUAGUUAUGAUAAGAAUUAUCGUAAUGAAAUAAAUAUAAUA